AGAUGGAGGCAGCGCUUGAAAGAGAAAGUGAAAAUAAGAUCCAACCUGGAAGCGCCGUUCCUCGUCUGUUCAGCUCCCGAGCGCGAGCAUGCUGCCGGAAGCCGCCCUGUAGUCCCCGACUCUUCGCGACUGUCGUCUUGAGAAGUUUUGCCUGCGCGUUUUAGCCACCGUUGUUUUGCAGGUACCGACCCGCAGAAAUGUCCCGCGGCUCGAACGCAGGCUUCGACCGACACAUCACUAUCUUCUCCCCGGACGGGCGCCUGUACCAAGUCGAAUAUGCUUUCAAAGCCAUCACCCACAGUGGGUUGACCUCAGUGGGAAUUCGAGGGAUUGACACGGUGGUGGUGGUGACACAGAAGAAGAUACCGGACAAGCUCCUGGACUCCUCGACUGUGACCAACAUGUUUAAGUUGACCCCUCGCAUCGGCUGUGUGAUGACCGGCCACAGUGGCGACAGCCGCUCGCAGGUGCACCGUGCCCGGGUGGAAGCGGGAGAGUGGAAGUACAAGUUCGGCUACGACAUCACGGCGGACAUGCUGUGUCGCCGCUUGGCGGAUAUUGCUCAAGUUUACACUCAGAACGCUGAGAUGAGGCCUCUGGGCUGCUGUAUGAUCAUGGCGGCUAUCGACCCCCAGCAAGGGCCGGUCUUGUACAAAUGUGACCCGGCAGGCUACUUCUGCGGGUUCAGAGCCACGGCCGUCGGCGCCAAACAGACGGAAGCCAACAGCUACCUGGAGAAGAAACUGAAGAAGAAGCUGGAGCUGACUCACGACAGGACGGUGCAGCUGGCCAUAUCCUGCCUCUCCUCUGUGCUGUCCAUGGACUUCAAAGCCACGGAGCUGGAAGUGGCCGUCGUCACCAAAGUAGAACCCAAAUUCAGGACUCUGUCGGAAGCUGAGAUAGAAGCCCACCUGGUCGCCAUCGCUGAGCGGGAGUAGAGCAGCGCCUCCACCAUCAACCACCUGAUGGGUCAUAUCCGUUGACAAAGAUGAUUCCAAUCAUUUUAGAAUUCAUCAAAUCUUUUUUUUUUACAGUCACAGACCCAAACAUUUAAAAAGAAAAUCAUGAAUGGAAAACAAGUGUAUUUCAAAUCUUUUAGAAUAUCAUGUGUAUUUAUCGACAUCUAUUAAAUAUACAUCUG